AUGAGUUCAACUACUGUCGCUCAACAACCAUUAAAUUUCGGACCAGAAUGGCUUCGAGCUUUAUCAACACCUGAAUCAACAACACCUAUUCCAUCGACCAGCGGUAGUGGUGGUGGAAGUGUUUUUAAAUUUUCAGCAACAAAAUAUCGUUAUUCGAAAGAUGAAAUCUUAGCGCUACGUGCUAAUGUAACUCAACGUCUAUCGGAAGAUGUAAGAAAUGAAAUAAUGGAAAAUUUAAAAGACGUUGAGAGUGUUUUUCGACCGAAUAUAAUUGAACCAUUAUCAUUGACAACACCAACAACUGAAGAAUCAGCUAAAAUGAAUUCACUAUCAAGUUAUAUAUCUGGGCGAACACCUGGCGGUGGUGGUGGCCGAGGAGGAAAUAAUUCUCAACAAUCACAACAGCAACAUGAUCCAAGAAGUAGUCGUGGUGGUUUAGUUUCUAAUGGACGUGGUAGUGGACCGAGAGGCAGAGGUGGACGUGAUCAUGCAUUUGGUCCGACUCGUGGGAAUAAUAAUGCGGAAGAUAGUGGAGAUACUGGUGGUGGCGAUGAUGCAUCAGGACCAUCAUCGUCGUGGUCACGGGGCGGUUAUCAUUCGCGUGGCGGUGGAGCCUUUGGUAAUCGUGUGCGGUCUUAUGAUGAUCGUGAACAACCACAAUCAUUUCGUCGUGGUGGCACACGUCAAACAUCUGAUGCAUGGCGUCGAUCACGAGGGGAUGAAGAUGAAAAUCAUGAUCAAAAUGAAGAUCCAUCGACAUCUACAAAUGGUUCUGCGUCUUCUUGGGCAUCUCGAGGUGGACAAACAAGACGAGGAGGAAGUUCUACCGGUACUGGUGGUGGUGGUGGUAGUGGAGGAGCAGCUUCAAUGGAAAAUCGUACUAAGUCAAAUGAUAAGUGGAGUCACACUGAUGAUCGAUCCGGUUCAUCCAACAGUUAUGAAUCAAAUCACAGUCGUGGGUGGCGAUCGAAUGCGGCAACGUCUGAUCGUGAUCUCAAUUCUCGGCGUCCACAACCAAAACGAGAACGGAUACCCGAAUGGAUGAAUGACAACGAUAACGAUAACCAAUUAAAUAGUUCGCCAUUUGAACAAGAAGCACCGUUUCCUACUGCAUCAUCUAAAAGACAAAGUAAUGAGAAUAAUGAGCAAUCAAAAUCUCAAACUCACUCUUCAAUUGAUGACACAUCAACCAAUGCAAAUGUUCAUUUGACUAAACAAAAAGAUGACAAUGCAUCAACAUUGCCAAAAACAGAUGCAAGUGUUAUGAAUGUUCCAAAGAAAAUUGAAAUCCUUGAACCCAAACCAAUGCCUCCUGUACAACAUACUCUAGCAUCAUGGGAAGAUGAAUUUGAACCGAGUGACGUAGCAACAACUGUAGUUGAAGCAACCCUUGCUGAAGAUCAUGAUUAUUCUCCACCAAUAUCUUCUCAAAAAACUCCUCAUCCAAUUUCGAUAGAAUCAAUUCAGCCUUCUGUUGCGUCAAUCAUGCCACAGCAACGUGUCCAGCCAUCAGCUGUGCUUAUUGAUGAUAAACAGUGGUUUUAUAAAGAUCCACAAAAUACAGUGCAGGGACCAUUUUCAUCAGCUGAUAUGGAACGUUGGUUUGAAGCCGGAUAUUUUACUAUAAAUUUACCUGUUAAACGUUUUGGUGAAGCACAAUUUUCAUCUAUACAACAAUUAACAAGAGAAUUAGGUCGUUUACCAUUUCGUUCCGAUGGCCCAUCGAUUCCGCCAGUUGUACAGCAACCAAUCGUGUCUGAAUCACAAAAAUUUAAUUCUAUGAUAUUCGGAACAUCGUCAACAGCAAACAAUACUUAUCUCGAUGAUUAUUUAUUGCAACAACAGCCAAGAAAAAAUAUACAACAGUCAUUAUUUAAUAGACAAACAUCAAUGCCUCUACCAAUAGUUGAUCCAAAACCGGUUACGUCUCCAACAAUGAUAAAUCCUCAAUUACAAGCAUAUUUUGCAUCUCAACAACAAUCCCAAUCCCAAGCAUCUCUGUUUUCAUCAAAUCUUGCUAAUGAUCCUGCAAUAGUCUACCCGCAACAACCUCAGUUACAACGUAGUACAUCGACAACAAAUCAGCAACAACCAUUAUUUGAUGAACUUCAUCAACAUUCAUUUCGUCAAAUACCUUCCCAAUCGAAUACAUCAGGAUCGUCGACGACAUCAUUUUUCGGUACAACUCUAUCAAUGCCACAAUCCCAAAAGCCAGACGAUAUAAUGACGCGUCUAGCUCAAGCAAUGCAAAGUCAUGGACAACAACAGCAAGAGAAAGUUGAGGAACAACGUCGUCUUGACCAACAACGACGUGAAAUUGACCUCGAACGGUUAAAAUUAACUCAACAAGCUGAACAAUUACGUGUACAACGUGAAGAUGAAGAACGACGUCAGUUCGAACAGAAACAAAAAUUUGAAGAAGAGCUGCGUAAGAAAAAUGAAGCUAGUGUUAAUAGCAAAAAUAUGAUAUUUGAUCAAAUGAAAGAAAUGGCUAAAACAAUGGAUCAGAAAAAACAACAGCAACCAGUUAAACCUCAAGUUCAACCUAAAGUUGAACUUGAUCCAUUUUUAGCUUUUCAACAAUCUCUUCAAUAUCAGAAAGAUCAACAAGCGAAAAUUGAAGCACAAAAAGCGGAAAAUGUUCGUCGCUUUCAACAACAACAACAACAACGAGAACAUGCUCAGCAGCUACAACAACAACAAUCAUUUAAACUACCAGAAACCGCCAAUUGGGCAAGACAAUCAUCUCAUAGUGAUCAGAUUCAAAAGUUAAAUUUUGCCGAAAUCCAAAAGCAAGAACAAGAAGAAGAAAGACGUGUACGAGAUGCAGCACUUGCUGCUCAACAGCUCGCUAAAAGUGACAAUGUGAAUAUUCCAAGCUCAUCAUCAAGUAAUAAACCUGGUUCAUGGGCGCGAACACUAUUUGCUGGCAGUACUCAUAAUAAUAAUAAUAAUAAUAAUAAUCGAAAUAAUUAUCUCUCAUCAGAUCAGGAAAUCACAGAACCUACGUCACCAGAUUCACCAACAACAUCAUUUAAUCAACAGGCAACAAACGCGGUACUAUCUAUUUUAAAUAUUCAUCCUAAAUCUCGUUCAGCUGCAAGUCAACAGUCAGCACCAUGGAAUGCUACGAGUGCUACACCAUCCAAUACAUCACUUCAAGAUAUUCAGCGACAACAGCAAUCUCAAAUUGAACCGAAACAGACAGUACAACAGCCGCAACCGCAACCACAACCACAACAACCAACACAGUUAAGUUCAUCUGGUCAUUCAACACCAGCAUGGGGUGGUGUUUUUCAACAGCCUACACCACCUUCAUCAUCAUCCAUAUUCUGGGGCGAUACUCAACCAAGUCCAUCACCACCAGCUAAACCUGCCGCAACUAGUAACACUAAACCAUUAACACCAUGGACUGAAAUAAAAUCUGCCGCAGCAUCCUCAUCGUCAACAACAAAAUCAAAUCUAGCACAUGCUGAAUUAUCAAAAAGUGAACGUGAAGUAAAAUGUCUUUUUUCAACGACACGCACACAGGAUGCAUUAUCGAAAUGGACACAAACACAAUUCAAAGAUAAUUUACAGGCUAUUGAUGUUCCAACACUUGUUCAAUUAUUAAAAGAUAUCGAUAGUUCAGAUGAAAUUAUUGAAUAUGUUCAACCAUACAUAGGUUCUGUUAUUAAAGCGAGAGAAUUCGCCAGUGAUUUUAUUGUCAAACGUAAACAAUUAGCCAAUGCUGAACCCGAAUUAGAUAAUGAACGUUUACAUGAAUUAGCUAUGGCACCAACGUCAUCGAAUUCGGGUAAUGGCGGUGAUGAAGGCUUUCAAUUAGCGAGUAAUGGACAAAAGAAGAAAGCUAAAAAAACGAAAGGACAAAAGAUCGAUGUUAAACAACUUGGUUUUAUGGUUAACAAUCGACCAGAACACCGAGAUGAUAUUGAUAAAGUACCUAUGUAA